AUGUUCUUUGGAGACGCAAUGGAAGUGGAUUUAGUUACAAGCAGCGUACAAGAGGGAGGUGCUUUUGGAGUUACUGAUACUUAUAGCAAUGAUAAUCCUAAUUUCGAGGGCGAAACAUGUGGGAUAUGCAUGGAUGCUGUUAUCGAUAGGGGUGUUCUGGAUUGCUGCCAGCACUGGUUCUGUUUUGCAUGCAUUGACAAUUGGGCUACCAUUACAAACCUCUGCCCACUUUGCCAGAAUGAAUUUCAAUUGAUCACAUGUGUUCCAGUAUAUGAUACUAUUGGGAGCAGAGUGGACGAGGACCCACCUUACAGAGACGACGAUUGGAGUAUUGAAGGAAAGAAUAACACCCUCUCAUUUCCAUCAUACUAUAUUGAUGAAAAUGCAGUUAUCUGCUUGGAUGGAGAUGGUUGCAAAAUUCGAAGUGGCUUAGUGGCUAUUGAGGAUGAUUCCAAUCUUGAUACAUCAAUUGCUUGUGAUUCAUGUGACUUAUGGUACCAUGCUUUCUGUGUGGGAUUUGAUCCUGAGGGCACAUCUGAGAGUACAUGGUUAUGCCCCAGAUGUGUAGUUGAUGAAAUCCCGAAAAAAUCAGAUACAGAUUCAGUACAGAGGUCUAACAGCCAGUAUGGCCCAGAAAACGUCUCAAUGGUUGGAGAAAAUCAAUGCAUCGCGGAGCCAAGUAAGAGAGUUUUGCCAACCGUUGAAGUUGGCAAGGACCUGGAGUCUGAAACAUUGGUAUUGGCUUCUGAGGAUAGCCACAAGUUGGCAAGGCCCACCGGGGAAAGAACUAUUACCCAGCCAGUGCUUGGAGCUCAGGCACUAGAACUAUCCUUAUCCUGCGAUACCUCAAAUGUACCUUCAAAUUCUUUAGCGCAGCAGUUUAGGAUGAGUACUGAUGGAUCAACCAAUGAGCUUAGUAGUUUUGAUUGCAUCAGGAAUCCUUCCGGAAAGUCUUUCGAUGAAUCACACAUUAUUAACAAACUGAUUGACAGUGAUUCCAAUAUGGGUCUUGAACUUGGGUUAUCUGUGGGCUCGUUUCUGUCUGCUGUUGACCUGAAUAAUAAUGGAACUGAAGAUGUGAAGCAUCACAAUCCUAAAGAAGAAUAUUUGUCAAAAGCUGCCAUUCUUGUAUCAAAUCAAGAGACUGAAGAUUUGAAGAUUCACAAUCCUUUAGAAGAAUAUUCGCCAAUAGCUGAUGAGAUUGUACCAGAUGCUAAUUCGGAUGCUCCUGGAAUUGCUGUUGGUGGAAAGAGAAAGCAUACUGAUUGCAGUGAUGACGUUCAUACCAUUGUUGUUGAUGAUGGAGAUACUAACCCUAAGAUUGAGACCAAAGAGUCUGUUAAGAAGAUCAGACAUGAGGAGAAGACUCAACCAAUUGCUUCCAAUGACCAAGCCAAAGCAUCUAUACCAGAUGACUCUAAAAACUGCUCUAUCCUGACAGUAGUUCCUAAAGAUAGCAUGUUAACUUUUCAUCCUGUUGAGGAGAACAUCACUUCCGAUAUAUUGAGCAUUGUUCGAACUACAAACCGUAAAUCUUCCAAGGGGCUUGCACGCCCUAAUCCUGCUGAUAAUUCAUCACAAGAACAAGAAACUAUGGCUGGUUUGAGAGUUAAAAAGAUCAUGAGGAGAGCUGCUGAGGACAAGGACUCAUCCAUGGUAGUUCAGACACUGAGAAAAGAAAUAAGAGAAGCUGUCAGUAAUAACUCUUCAAAAGAUUUUGGCGCAAACCUUUUCAAUCCAAAGCUUCUUGAUGCCUUUCGGGCUGCUGUAGCAGGACCUAAAACAGAGCCUGUUAAGAAGUUAUCACAUUUGGCAGUGAAGGCAAGGAAGGCAAUGUUGCAGAAGGGGAAAGUACGUGAGAAUCUAACAAAGAAAAUUUAUGGGACAUCCAAUGGAAGAAGAAAACGCGCAUGGGACCGGGACCGUGAAAUUGAAUUUUGGAAGCAUCGCUGCGUAGGAACUACUGAGCCUGAAAAAAUUGAAACUUUGAAGUCAGUUCUUGACCUUCUGAAAGGGAGAUCAGAGGGUGCAGACACAGAGCGGGAGUCUGAUAGGCAGUCCACAAAUCCAAUUCUUUCCAGGUUGUAUUUAGCAGAUGCAUCUCUACUUCCAAGAAAAGAUGAUAUUAAGCCUCUCUUAGCCCUUAAAACUGCUGGUAAUUCAGAGCACAAUGAUAAACAACCCACCUUGAUUGAAAAGUGUUCUAAGUCGUCUCUUAAUGAUUGUACUUCAAAUUCCACAGAAACAAGUAAGGUUUUAUCAAAAGGUGGGAUUCCUUCAUUAGAGAAAUAUGGGAGUAAAAAUAAUGUUCCAAGCUCAGGGAAUGGUGUUGCUUCUAGCAAAGUACAUCAAGACAGACACGCAGAAGGAUAUAAAAGUGACAAAAGAAAAUGGGCUUUAGAGGUUCUUGCCAGGAAAACAAGUGGUGCAGGCGGGAAAGCAGCAAAUGAAAAACAGGAAGGCAACACUGUGCUCAAAGGAAAUUACCCUUUGCUAGCUCAAUUACCAAUAGACAUGAGACCAAAUUUGGCACCCAGUCGUCAUAAUAAAAUCCCCUUAUCAGUGAGGCAGACACAGCUUUACCGUCUGACUGAGCACUUCUUGAGGAAAGCAAAUCUUCCUGUGAUCCGUAGAACUGCAGAUACGGAGUUAGCUGUUGCAGAUGCAAUUAAUAUAGAAAAGGAGGUUGCUGAUAGGUCAAAUAGCAAGCUAGUGUAUCUGAAUCUAUGUUCCCAGGAGAUAUUGCAUUGUUCAGAAAAUAGGAAGUCUAGUGGAGCCCCAGUACUUAGUUCAGCCCCAACUUCAGUCCCUGCAGAAAGAUCAGAACAAGCUGCGAAUGAACUUUCAACUGAUCCUGUAAUUGAAGCAGCACUGAGAAAUGCUGGUCUUCUGUCUGAUUCUCCUCCAAAUAGUCCACAUCCCAAUAUGGAAGUUCCAGUUGAAGAAGAUGGCCCCUCAUUAGAUAUCAGAGAGGAAGGGCCUGAUAAUGUAUUUGAGAUGGAUUUUCAUCCAGACCUGGACAUAUACGGGGAUUUUGAGUAUAAUUUGGAAGAUGAAGACUACAUUGGUGCUGCUGCUACAAAAGUCUCUAAUGCACAACCAGAAGAAGGGGCGCCAAAAUUGAAACUGGUUUUCUCUACACUUCAGCCUGAAAGAUCUAUUCAUACUCUUGAUCUUGAAAAGACUGAGAAGACUGAAAUACAAAAAGAUUUUUCCAGCAUGCCUGAGAAUCCUACUUAUUCAGGUUUGGAACAUUCCACCACAGACGGUGGGACUGACGAGUCUUGUGCUCCUUUGGAAUCCUUAUUCGGUAAAGAAGGUGAAGAGCUUUCUGUUGCAGAGUGUGAAGAAUUAUAUGGACCUGAUACAGAACCACUGAUGAAGCAAUUUCCAGGAGCAUCUGAAAAGCAAUUGGGAUUACUUGAUGAAGCUCUGGUUAAAGACAAAGAUCCUAAACAGAACGAAAAUAAUGAGCCAAAGCCAAACAAAUCAAUAAAAACAUCUGGAAUUGGUAAUGAGAACAAUGCACAAAAUAUGAUGGUUGCCAGUGCUGGUUGCAACUCCUCUGGUGGUGAAGAUUCAACGAACCAUACCCAACCAGGUGGAAAUGUUGAAAGUAAGGAGAAGAAGACCAGUACGGUCGCAAACAAUCAGUCUAACAGCAGCAGUUCUGUAUCUAAGAAGGUUGAAGCCUACAUUAAAGAGCACAUCAGACCGCUAUGCAAGAGUGGCGUGAUUACAACUGAACAAUAUAAGUGGGCAGCAGCCAAAACAACUGACAAAGUUAUGAAAUAUCAUUCUAAAGCCAAGAACGCGAACUUCCUAAUUAAGGAAGGCGAGAAGGUGAAGAAGCUUGCAGAGCAGUACAUUGAGACAGCCCGACAGAAGGAAAAAACUGAUCCUCUAUAA